AUGACACCCUCAAGCACGGCAAGCGAGGACCGUAUCGUGCGAGUCCGCGCAAUCAGGGCCUGCAUCUCGUGCCGUAGCCGUAAGAUCCGCUGCGACCAAGUCCGCCCGUCGUGCGGCUCCUGCACGCGCGGCAACAUCCACUGCGAGUUCCCCAGCCAGGCACGACGGCCUCCGCGGCCACGCCAGCCAGAUGCAGUGCUGGUGCAACGUCUGGCAAGGCUGGAGAGUGUGAUCGAGCAGUUGAGCUCGGGACGGGGACAGUCGGAGGAGACGGACGACACGUUGUCGCCAGGGAGAAAGUCAAGUGGGAGUGGCACAGAGAGUGUGAGUGGUGGAAAUGGAGAUAUAAGGAGUCCGAGUGCGCUGGACGAUCUGGAGGCGGGCGUGGGGAGGUUGUUAGUUAGUGAUGGGAAGAGUCGUUAUAUUGGGCCCAACUUUUGGGCAUCGCUUUCGGAGGAGGCUGCAGAUCUCAAUUCGCUCCUCCACGAGACCCAGGAAGAUGAGCCCGAACCGCCAUCGCCCAGCUUCGGGGGCCACCCUUCGUUCUUCGCGCGCACCUAUCCCACGGACCUCUCCAUCUACCACCUGCCCGUGGCGGUCUCGCAGCAUCUCUACGAUACGUACGUGCGGGCUGUCGACCCGCUAGUUCGUGUCAUCCACAAGCCGACGUGCGCGCGCCAGCUCGCGACCUUCCAUGCGCUCGGGUACGAGUCGGCGAGUAAGGAUUUUGAGGCGCUGCUAUUUGCAAUCUACUUUGCGGCCAUCACGUCGAUGCUGCCGGCGAGGGUCGUGGAGCUGUUUGGCUGCGAUAAGAAGGCGAUGUUGACGAGGUAUCAUGUGGCGGUGGAGCAGGCGCUGUCGAACGCGAGGUUUUUGCAGAGUGAGGAGUUGAUGCCAUUGCAGGCGCUUGUGCUGUUUAACGCGUGUCUACGCGGAGGGGAAGAUACUCGGACGUCGUGGACCCUCGUUGGCCUCGCGGUUCGAAUAGCGCAGUCGCUCGGCCUCCACCGCGAUGGCUCCCAUUUCCCAAUCACAGCGUUUGAAACGGAAAUCCGUAGGCGCCUCUGGUACGAGAUCUGUCUCCUCGAUUUCCGGACGGCCGAGGACCACGGCUGCGACCCGAGCAUUCUCUCCAUCUCGUACGACACCAAGAUGCCGCUCAACAUCAACGACGACGACCUCACCGAGGACAGCGUACCCGUCUCGCGGAAGGGACACACGGAGAUGACGUUCUGCCUGUUGCGGUUCGAGGUGCUGGGGUGCUAUGGCUUCCUGUUCCGUAACGAUGGGAACGUCAGUCUGGCAGAGAGGGAGAAGCGGAUAGAGGAUACAAGACUGAGAAUGUUUGAAAAAUACCUGAGGGAGGUGGACCACACGGAACCCCUGCAGAAGGUGACGUACACGGUGUGGAAGCUGAUGAUGGGCAAGGCCUUGCUGAGCCUGUAUCACCCAUUGCGACACUUCAAGGACGGGGAGUUCCUAUCCAAGGAUCUGAAAGAGAGACUGUUUAUAGCCGCGCUAGAAACGCUCGAAUACGGUGCCGCCUUUGCCGCCAACUCGCGCUCCCACGGUUACGCGCAGUGGAACUGGUUCUUCCAGAAACACGGGCACCCGCACUCCCUCGCGCUGGUGCUCCUCGAGCUUAACGAGCGCCCCAUCUACGACUCCAACGGGCUGUACGACCGCGCCUGGCGCGCCGUAGAUGGCUACUUCAACAGGGACCUAUGGUCCAUGGGGAAGCCUGUGCUGUCGGAGAAGAUAUGUCUCUGGAAGCCGCUGGGGCGGUUGAGAGACAAGGCGCUGAAGCGGAGGGCGAAGAUCAUGGCGGAGGAGGGGUUGGGGGGCGUGGAGGUCGGGAAGGUGGAGGUGGGGAAUGGAAGCGGGCUACUAGAAGAGCUGGUGGGGACGGAGGAGUGGGGGUCGAUGGAAGAUUCUCCUCCGAUUGAUUGGAAUGCAUGGGAUGAUAUGUUUACGACCACAACGAUGGAGUUCGAGUAA